CCAUUUAUGAUAAUGCAGAGACCAGGCGGCCAAGGGACGGCGUUCUCAAUCGAUUCUCUGAUCGGGACCCCUCAGCCCAGACCGGGACACCUGCUCUACACGGGCUAUCCUAUGUUCAUGCCGUACAGACCUUUGGUUAUUCCACAAGCUUUAUCCCACUCGCCUUUAUCGUCUGGUAUACCGCCACUCGCGCCUUUGGCUUCUUUUGCGGGGCGGCUCACGAACACGUUCUGUGCCAGUUUGGGACAGGGGGUGCCGUCCAUGGUGGCGCUCACCACGACGAUGCCGAGUUUCUCGGAUCCUCCGGACAGUUUCUACCCGCCACAAGAACUCCCAGGUCCCCGUUUAAGCGCCGCCGAUCCCGGAGCAAGGAGGCAGGAAAGUCCGCACUCCGACGAGCUGCACAGCCGGGACAAGAGCUCCGAGCUGCUGAACUUCUCGGAAACUUUCCAAACAAUAUCAGGUGAGACCAAACUGUACAGCUCGGACGACGAGAAGCUGGACCUAAAAUCGGCGGACACCGUUUGCAGUGACCGAGAGGACAGCUCCGCGGACAGCGAGAACGAGAGCUUCUCGGACGGGAACAACUGUGGCUCCCUGUCCCAGAAGAGCAAACUAAAAACCGGCUCGCAGGAGGCGCUGCCGACCGGCACCUCGGCGGGGAAGAGCCGGAGGAGACGAACAGCUUUUACGAGCGAGCAGCUGCUGGAACUUGAAAAGGAGUUUCACUGUAAAAAGUACCUUUCCCUGACCGAACGCUCCCAGAUCGCGCACGCACUUAAACUGAGCGAGGUGCAGGUGAAGAUCUGGUUUCAGAACCGCAGGGCCAAGUGGAAACGGAUCAAAGCCGGCAACGUGAACAACCGGUCAGGGGAACCGGUGAGAAACCCCAAAAUUGUGGUCCCCAUCCCUGUGCACGUCAACAGGUUCGCUGUGAGGAGUCAGCAUCAACAAAUAGAGCAAGGGACCAGGCCUUGA